UCCUUCUCAGCCAGCUCUUAUACUCUCCCACUCCCUAUUCCCCCGCCCAGAUCAUCCCUGAACCCCUGUCAGCCUACGGCAGCCGUCGGUCCCUCCAUUGUACUGUCACAUUCACCGCCCACAAGUGCGGUGGACAGGCACUUCCGGUUCGUCCAGCUUUUGGCAGGCACAUCGGUUCUCCGAAGAAGUGUCAGCGCUAUAUGAGCCCGGCCAACGGCGGGGACAUGCGGGCGUUCGCCAUGCCAAGGGUCGGAAAUUCUAGUUCAUAUACGCUUGUCGUGAGACAGCAGCCUGAAAGGGCAAGGUUGUGCUCCUACAAGGAAGAAAACGAGACUAUUGACCGACGUCCAGUGGAUCCACCCCCUGUUGUGGAACUGCGAGUCGGCUCUGGUCGAGAAGUUACCCCAGAGCAACUUUUGGAAUCUACAUCUUUCUUCAUCCGGGCUACCACUGUAACUUCCGAUCCAUUAACCCCUGCAUCUCCUACGUCAUUCAACCCCUCCCUCUUUUCUUCCAAACCACUUACCCAUGCGGGGCCGACUUAUGCCCCCGUCAAAACCCCUCUGGGGGCCGACGCAACGACCGGAGAGGUUAUUCAGACUCCAGAGAAGCUUCGGCUACUUGACGGGCGAAUGGCAGCUCUCUGCACCUUUGCAAAAAUUAGUGUCCGUGUACCAGGCAUUUUUCGAUUGAAGUUUACACUUUUCGAGACUACUGAGCGUGGCAUUCUCGAAUUAGCACACACAAUAUCAGAACCUUUCGAGGUAUUUUCUCCCAAGUUAUUCAAGGGAAUGCAUGAAAGCACUCCCUUAACAAGACAUCUGGCCGCACAAGGACUAAAAGUCAAGCUGCGGACGGACACCACGGUUGGGAGGCAGAGUGUUCGACGACGGCGAGCUUCUGCGAAUCCAACAACCCCUUCGACUCCUUCUAUCAUAAAGGAAGAUGUCUCUGCGUCGACGAACAUUCCCCCUGCUUCUUCCCCACAUUUCUUACCAGCUAAAUCUCGGCGCUCGCCCUCUUUAUCCGCCCAAGCUCCACCAAGUCAUCCGGAGGUGCCUUCACCAUCAUCAAAGGUCGCUCGGCGCACAGUUAGUGAUAGUCCUCGAAAUCUUGUUUGGCGGCAUGCUGCGUAUGAGUUUAUGAGACCUCACGCUGCGGAUAAUCGUGUUUCAGGUCCCGGUGGAAGGCCCUUCACGGAUGACGGGGCUUUUAUUUCCCCGAAUCCUGUAGAUUGGAGAGUCUCUGCUCCGUCGUCUGAUCUAUCAGCAUUUUCUUUAUCGCGUCCACACCGCGUGGAUCCGUUCCGGCCUCCUUCUGUUCCAAAUGAUACAACCAACUUAGCAUCUCCUCAAUCAUACACGCCAUCGUCAUAUCCUUCUUCCCAAGUAUCUUCCACUCAAAGUCUCCCCACCACACCAUCGCCAGUGACAUCUUCUCACUCCUCUAUACAAUCCACAUUACCGAUAUCUAGACGAAGCCUCGGCAUUGACGAUGGGGUCCCUAUCCUCCCGCUGCCAAGUUCAUUCAACUCUCCCGGACACGCCGAAUUUGUGCCACCUAGCGUCAAUCAGGUACUGAAUCCAUUACGGCGGAGCAGUAUAAGUAGUGGACUAGGUUUGCCUGAAGGACAUGGAUCGUCGUCUCAAUCCGUCGCAGGACCAAUAAUCGCGAGGAAUCGUUAUCUGGACGCACCCAUAUCGGGUUCAUCGAGUCUUCGGCGGCCUUCACCGUUGACGUUGCCACCACUGAGGCCGCCACCACAGCAGGAAGAGACAAGUUACGAGCGACACUAAUAAACGCGUUAUGCUUCGGCCUUUUUUGUUCAUUACAACACUACCUAUAUCCACAUUCUAUUUAUCCCUGUCAUGAUAAAUUGACGGCUUCAUUUUUCGCUUUUUAAUUGAUUAACAUUUCCUGUACACGUCUAUAACAACUCUUUAACUUUUUUUCAUUUAUUUUCUUGUUGCUUCCUUACUGUUGCGUUCUCUCCUGAUCGGGGUUUUAGGUCUAUUCAUGAAUUCAAAGCAUUUGUAAAACAUGCAUACGUAAUCAUGAGUGUAUGAGUUAUAAUUAUAUGCUAUAUACAUCUAUAUCCCAAAAGCUUAUUAUCACCUAUUUGACACGGGCUUGCUCUAAAAGCUCUCUUCUUUUGAUGUUCCAUGUAUCUCUAUCAACACUUAGA